AUGAUUGAUCUGUUCAAAACAUCGAGGAUCGCCUCUCUUAUCAUGAUUGACUGCGAAAUUCCUGCCAGCUUGGCCGAAUGGCUGGAGCGUGAAUUUGUCCCAACGAUCUGCAUUGGAGCAAGCCGUCGCGCUAGAGCACUGCCUGAUGACGGAAACGUUCGAACUGACCAAAAGUACAAAGUCAAAAACCAGGGAAAAGUCUCUACUGGACUUUCUACAAAAGUCCUGUUCUCAUUUCGUAUGGACACUCUGGACAAAUAUUAUAUUGGAUCUUCUCACAGCUUCAUCAAUUAUGGAGAUAACAAAAUCUUGACUGACGACUGGCUCACGGCACUGUUGCAGAAAAUGCAUGGCAGUGAAUCUGUCGAUAAAGACGACGAGUUCAUCAGUCUUGGCAUACCACAUCGAUUUUCCAAUCUUGGCUCCUAUGAGGAUCAAGAUGAAAUAACCAAAAGAUAUAUUGCACACCUCAUCAAAAUCCAGAAGAAUGCCUGCUGAUCUUGACAGAUCUAGAAACCGAAACAUUGGUUGCUGACGUCUUGCUAUUCGCAAGCAGACUAUUAGUUUUUUCCUUUUCAGUAGCUCUAUAAAUGAUAUCAAUAGCCGAUUUGCUUUACUAUCUUUGCAGUGUAAUAUGGCAAUACCCUAUUCUUCUUUCUUGGUGAACAUAUGGAGUUAGGUUUAGUCCGCUGCUUGUGCUUAUUCGAAUAUUUGUUAAGUGAAUCAUGUUGCUUUAGAAUAAGGAAUUGUGAAGAAUUUGUA